AGGCGCGGUGCAGGCUGGUCUGUGCCGCUGCACUGCGAGGGGCGUCAGCGCAGGGAUCCCAGCCAGUGUUGAGUGCGGCGCCGGGAACCGUGUGUGGGUGCUUCUCCCUGGGGUCAUGCAGAGAGCAUCCCGUCUGAAGAGAGAGCUGAGCCUGCUGGCCGCGGAGCCGCCCCCGGGCAUCACAUGCUGGCAGGAUGGGGACCGAAUGGAAGAUCUGCGAGCUCAGAUAUUAGGUGGAGCAAACACACCUUAUGAAAAAGGUGUUUUCAAGCUGGAAGUUAACAUUCCUGAGAGGUACCCAUUUGAACCUCCUCAGAUCCGAUUUCUGACUCCCAUCUACCAUCCCAACAUCGAUUCCGCUGGAAGGAUUUGUUUAGAUGUUCUCAAAUUGCCGCCAAAAGGCGCCUGGAGACCGUCCCUCAACAUCGCGACCCUGCUGACUUCUGUUCAGCAGCUCAUGGCCGAGCCCAACCCCGAUGACCCGCUCAUGGCCGACAUCUCCUCAGAGUUUAAAUACAACAAGCCAGUCUUCCUCAGGAAUGCCAGGCAGUGGACAGAGAAGCACGCGAGACAGAAGGCUGAUGAAGAAGAGAUGCCUGAUAGCCCCCCCGAGGCGGGUGACUCAGAAGGACACAGCGCAGCACAGAAAAGGAGAGCCAGGCACCUGGGGGGCAUAGAAAAGAAAUUUUGCCCUGAUGUUUAGGGUGGGGUUUGUCCUGGCCCGUCUUAGUUAAUACGUUCUUUGCCAGCGUUCUUUGCCAGCGUGGUCCAAUUUGCUUACAUUUCUGGAAUGUUUUUCUUUGUAUUUGAUGACAUUAUCAUUUUUGUAUCCUGUGAAACAGACCUUGUGUAUUUAUAUGUUCUGCUCUACAUUGAUUCUCUGAGUGUAGUUUGUUUUAUUUAGCUCAUACAUAUGUAUUCCAAAACUUGUAA